ACAUCCACAUCGCAACACUUAACAGACUAACCAGCAGGAUUCUGGUGCUGUUGUUGUUUCAGGAGCACAGAAUCAUUUAGGACAACCACCGACUGGCAGCACUGCAAGGCCUCGCUAGUCCUCACCUGCCAAAGCCAGUUGGUAAGAGCUCUCUUGGUAGCAGAUUAAAGGAUCAGCCUGUAAUUGAUGACUUCUGAUUGAGGUGAACCAGGGCGAGCGAUCAACAAGUGAUCUGUGCACCUGAUAGGCAAAAACAAGAGACGAGGACAGUCACAGAAGAUCUACAGAUCAGGCAGGCGGUGUCACGAGGCCGAGCAGAUUGGGGAUCAAGUUGACCAACUGGACUUCACAAACUGAUGAACUGAGAAGAGUUGUCCCCGUUUCAUUCUCUCCCUCGUCAAAGUGGCUGAAGAAGGUUAUAGACCCUCCCUUUCUCCCUCCUCCGUCUCACGCUCUUCCUAGUGCCAGUGUUUGUCAGGCGAGCACACAGUCAGCUUCAACUUUACAGCAGGAGCAGAGCAUAUCAGGUUUCUACAGGACCAUAACAGUCUGUAGGAGUCACACGCCCCUCACUGAAUCACUGGAGAUCAGGGCAGCGUGACCGAGGAAGACGCAUCGAGAGAGAGAGCCCGUGCCAUGAGGUGAUCAGCCCAUUUUGUCCGGCCUAGUCUUUCCCCAUCCAUCUCACCUGUAGACAUGGGGUUACAUGAGAGCGUGAGGUGUUGGAGGUGGCAGGGCAGCGCUGGAGUUGGCUUGUUGCUGCUGGGGCUCAGCCUGGCCCAGUCUGUCCCCCCACAGACCGCUUGUCCAGCAGCUGCAGCCCCACAGAGCCUCACCCAGCCCCAGUACCAGGACACGGUAGAGGAGAUGGGCUUCAUGGAAGCUCUGGUCCAGUCCUUCCUCCAAACAGUCCAGCCUAACCCUUUUCCUAAAGAUCUGAUCCUGAAAAUCGUCCAGGAUGUUGACCAAGUGCAGUCAAAUCAAGAACUCAUCAAAGAAGUCCUGGCGUAUGAAGUGGGUUUCCUGGUGUGUACGGCCAUCGGCAUCCUGUACAUCGUCCUGAUGCCCAUAGUUGGUUUCUUCUUGGCGUGCUGUCGCUGCUGUGGCAACUGUGGUGGGAAGAUGUACCAGAAGCAGACUUCCUCCAUUCACUGUCGCAGGAGAACUCUCUACUGGACUGCAUUCGUCACCACAGUCAUUAUCUUUGCUGGGAACAUAUGCAUGUUCAAAAGUAACGAAGCCGUCAAAGUGAGCGUGGACCAGAGUCAAGUGGAGCUCAACAAAACUCUAGACAACAUCCGCUCCUUCAUCACUGCUUUGCCGGAGCAAGUCCACCAUGUGGUGAAUGAGAGCUACAGAACCGUACAGGAGGUUACCAGGAACCUAGACGCCAUUGGGCCUCAGCUGGGAACAGAGAUCGAGGAGCGAUUCAGAGGAACCCUGGACCCGGCGCUGCACUCAGUCAGACUGCUGGACCAAGAGACUGUAGACACCAGUGUCGAACUGAACCAGCUGAACUCCUCUCUGGCCCAGCUGCAGUCCAGCGUGGACCGCCUCCAGGCCAAUGUCACUGCUGUUAAAAACCACAUCAAUCAGACUUUAUCCAAGGCAAAAUGCAACGACUGUGCCAACCUGAAGCCUGAGCUACAGAAGCUAACACUGGACACCUCCAUCACUACUCCCAGCUUGGACGAGAUCCAAUCUGCAGUGGAUGAAGUCAACAAAGCCAAUCUCAAAUCCAAAAUCAAGGAGGUGGAGGACUAUUUCGACAGCAUCCCCCAGACGGUGACCAAUGACACCAAGGAUAUAGUUCAAAACAGCAAGCAGGUGUUGGGUAACAUAAAAACACAGAUCUCCCGGAUUACCGAUAAAAUCCCUUUAUCUGCUCUGACCAACGUGUCGGAGAGUCUGAACCACUUGCAGAGAGAAAUCGGCAAGGUCACACCAGAGGUCGAGAGAGCCGAGAGCAUUAGAUGGGGAGUGUGUGUGGCCCUGAGCUGCGUGGUCCUCCUGGUGGUGGUGUGUAACAUCCUGGGACUGGUCCUGGGCCCUCUGGGUCUGACCUCCAAAGCGGAGCCAACAGAGCGCUCCUGCACGGCAGAUUGUGGAGGCACCUUCCUCAUCAUGGGGGCAGGUUUCAGCUUCCUCUUCUCCUGGCUGUUCAUGAUAGUGGUGCUGCUGCUGUUCCUGCUGGGCGGGAACGCCUACACUCUGCUCUGUCGGCCCUGGAGCAACGGACAGCUGCUAAAGUUCAUUGAUACUCCAGGUUUAAUUCCAGGGUUGGAGAUAGGUCCAGCUUUGGGAUUGAAAACCAGCAUUAAUAUCUCUGAUAUCUAUAGAGACUGUGAGGAAAACCAGCCUCUGUGGACAACGCUCCACUUGUCCGAACACAUUGACCUUGAAGACCUGCUCAACGUGACUAAAUACACGGAGGAGAUCCAGCAGCAAUUUGACAAAACAGACAUCACUCUGUCCACCAUCAGUCUCCUGUCCGCGGAAGAGAUAAACCAACUCCGCAGCUUCUCCAACAAGGCUUCAAAUUUCGACUCCGCUGCUGUCACACAGCAGAUGAACAACAUUUCCAGCAUCAAUCUGAAUACAACAGCAGAUAGACUUGAUGAGCUUGCUGCACUACAAGUUGACAAUGAUAUUCGAAAAGAGCUCCAAAAUGAGGGCUGGGACCUGAGGCAGAUCCAGGCCGACAUAGAAACAACACUCAUCCCACAACUGGAAAACCUGAACUCGACCAUCAGGAGCCUCGGAUCCAAAGCAGACAAAAUCAAUGGAACAGUGGGGGAGGUGCUGAGCAACGUUGGCGCAGCACAAGACUUCCUCAACACGAAUACGACACAGAUCGUCAAGACCGAGAGCAGGAAGUUUUUGGACUGUCAGCUGGGUUACUUCAUUGUUUAUGCUGACUGGGCCAACGUCACGAUCACGCAGCAGGUGGGCCGCUGUGGGCCGGUGGCGGCCGCUGUGGACUCUGCUGAGAUUAUCCUCUGCUCACACAUUGUCGAGUCUCUGAACGCAUUCUGGUUCAGUCUGGGCUGGUGCUUGAUCUUCUUCAUCCCCAGCAUCAUCUUCUCUAUCAAACUAGCAAAGUACUACAGGAGAAUGAAGUACUCUGACGUCUAUGACGACCACUUAAUGAUGAACCACAUCCCGCGGGCCCAGAUGAAACUCUCAUGAGAGGACGCCAUAUGUGGCUUUAAAAGACUGUGGUAUCAUCUCUUGACAAAAUAAAGACACAUUAUGCACUCCUGCACAGAUGUGGCACACUGUCACUUUGCUGAAAAGUCGCAAACUGAAAAAAUAAAUAAAAAAGAGGUACUUACUAAGUCUUUUUUAAAUUCCAGUUUCCACCAGAAGCAAACUGUGGUGGUCAUAAAAUACAUGUCAAACAUCACACACAGCAUCUCUGACUUGACCUCAGAGGGACGCAGGGCAUAAGGGAAUCUGCAGGGAUUUUUUUUCAUCAUUUUAAAUAAUCAUUUUUAAAGAGACUUAUUGUAUUACAUGAAUGUUUUUUAAUUAUUUAAUGUGUGAACUGAGCUGCUUCUGAGAAUAAAUGCUUUAUAUUUCAAACUGUAAAUUUGAUCACAUUUCUAUAUAGAGUGAUGUUGGUAUGCAGUGCUCUCAGCAAACGUAGCAGUGUGUUACUGUGCCAACAGGCUUUUUAUAAACGUGCCAGCCUCUGUCUGUUCACUGUCAUGGCUCGGCAACCUAAUUCCAAUGGGAAACACUUUUUAAUUAAACUCUUAAUUACACUUGCACUAAUGUUGGAAAUCAAAGCACAUUUUUGAUAUGAAUCAUGAAAUGAAUAAACCCUUUUGUAUGACUGAUGUCACCAUAUCACUGCUGUACAAUGCAAGUUUUUAUGUUAUAAUUUUGCUUGCAAAUAUGUUUUUUUUGUACAUAUUGAUAUUGACUGAUGUGAUUCCAUAAUGCUGAUUUUUGUACUUUGUACUGUGUUUUAUAUUUCUGUUACACAGCACUUUAUAUGGUGCUUUUGCUCAAUGUGAUGAAAAGGUUGUGAACAUUUCUGUCAGCUGUUGUGAAAACUACUAUAAGUAAAACAUUGCCACUGAUCAACAAA